CAGGGGCAGACUGACCAUUUGGAAACUCGGCACUGCCCGAGGGCUUGGGGUCAGUUGGGGGCCCCAUGAGAUGCCCCUGGUACCUUUUUCAUAGGCUUUUUUGAGUUUGGGCAAGGACACAGGGGCCCCAUGAUCCUCUAUUGCCGGGGGCCCCAUGAGUUGUCAGUCCACCCCUGGUGUGCCCAUCAUUGCUGCAUAUCAGUGCAGCAUCAUCAGUGCCGCCUAUCAGUGCCCAUCAAUGCUGCCUAUCAGUGCCCA